ACGCCUGGCAGACUUGUGAGGUUCGCAAGACUGUAUGGAAUCGGAAUUUCUUGUUUUAGAUGGAGGUCUAGCUACAGAACUCAUUAAACUUGGUUUUGAUAUCAAUGAUGAUCCACUAUGGAGUGCAAGAGUGUUAGCUGAUAAUCCUGAGGCUAUCAAGCAAGUGCAUUCGAGUUUUUUGGAAAGUGGAGCUGAUGUCGUCAUAACAGCUUCUUAUCAGGCCAGCAUUGAAGGGUUUAAUAGAAAUCUUGGAAAAACACCACAGGAAGCCCAACAACUCAUCAAGAGAAGUGUCCAUCUGGCAAGACAGGCUUGCAAUGAGUUCUGGGAGCUUCAUAAUAAAAACGCUUCAAAUGCAAAUAAGAGAUUAGUAAAGCCCAUGGUAGCUGGAUCAGUUGGUCCUUAUGGAGCCUGUCAACAUGAUGGCUCAGAAUACACUGGGAACUAUGUUGAUCACAUGACUAUUGAGGAAUUACAGUCAUGGCACAGGCCUAGAAUAGCAGCAUUAAUAGAAGCUGGUGUUGAUUUCCUGGCCAUGGAAACAAUUCCGGCGCAGAAAGAAGCAGAGGCAUUAGCUGGACUUCUCCAGGAAUUCCCUGGCAUCAWAGCCUGGCUGACAUUAUGUUGUAAAGUAAGUGUUGGUUCUGUUGGGAUAGUUGCUGUUGGCGUUAACUGCUGUUCUCCAAAGUAUGUUACGUCCCUGCUGAAAAGUCUUCAUGAUAAAGAGAUAUAUCUACCACUAGUGGCAUACCCUAAUAGUGGAGAGGAAUGGAAAAAUAACAGCUGGCAAAGUAGUGGUGAUUUCUUGAAUAUUGCUGACUUGGUUCCUCAUUGGAUUGCUGAAGGAGCAAAGUGGAUCGGUGCUUGUUGCCGUUCAACCUUGGAUGAUAUUUCACACAUACGAAAGGCAGUUGAUGAAGAGAAACGUCGUCCAUUGUCCUAGAUGGCUUUCUAAGAGAUUAUCCUAUCAAGAAAAGCCAUUGSAAGAAGAUCUCAUAACAUAGUGUGACAUUGAAAAAAAAACCCGGAAAACUGACAUGCUAUUAAAAAUGAAAACAGACAUAAAUGUUGAUUAAGAAAUAUAAAACGGCGCGCGUGUCUCUGUCUCUAUAAACACGAGAGAAAAACACGA